AUGUCGGUGGCCGCUGCGCUGCGCUGCGACGUAGCGACCCAUGCAUGUAUGAUGCUCGAUUGCAUGCAAAUUGGACUACAUGGGGCGCUGUGGUCGGCAGAUGGGCGCAUGGCGAUGGUGCUAGAGCUAGUGCUGAUGAGACGAAACUGCAGACCACAGAGGGGCGAGGGAUUCGCCGCUCACACCAUGUUCUACCAGUAUCAUGGCUUCGGCACAAGACAGUCUAGUCAGCCUGGUUUGGCUUUCGCCGAGACAAGCUUCGCCGGUGAGAGUGAAUGA